UAAAGCUCCAGCGAAAGGAAACGAACCAUGUCUCUUGAGCUAAUCACUCUUCUUCUAAAAAGGUAUUGCAUCACGUUACACGAGGGAAACAACCUUAAAAUUUCCACUGAAAUCGUCAUUCUUCACAGAUUCUAUGAUUUGUUUGAAAGUGAUGCAUCUGAAAUGAUGAUGAUGCCAGACACUUCUACUAGAUGAUGGCAUCAACGGCGGAGAAUGAGGCCACUACUGUACAUAUUACUUCUCCUCAGAUUUUGACUGCUUCUGCUGAAGAUCAGCUUUGUGACGUAGAGAUGCUACCUGUUCCUGAAGGUUAUAUGACAACAACAACAACAAGUCAUGAUGCUGAUACCGUUUUGGACCAAGAGUUCGUGGUUCCUUUCCCAGACCCUGCCUCUACGUUAGACAUCCAUGGUUCUGCUAGAUCACAUCAGGGUGUUCAAGGUACAUGUUCUAUGCCAUCUUCUUCAGAGCAAAUGGCCUUUAGAGCAGCUUCUUCUGUUAACCAUUCAGAGGCUGUUCAUGAAAAUGGUGUUCAGCCUCCUAACAUCUCACAUUUCGGAUCAACACCUCUUGCUAACAACCCUACUAUGGGACAGAAUCCUCCGAGGCAUUUGUUUAGUGACCCGUAUGAGUACGAACUUGAGAAGAUACGCAUUGAAGAAGAGAACUUAAAGAAGAGCGUUGAUGAAACGACAUCACAGUUAAUGGCUGAGCUGGAAAGGAAGAUGGCUGAAGCACGAAGCGAGUUUGAUAAGGAAUCACAGGAGUUUGAUGCCAAAGUGAUGGAGGUGGAAACACGUAUGGGUCUUGUUCGAACGGGCAGUCUUUUGGGGAACGCUUUUGUGUCUAAAUGUUCAGAGAGGAGUGCAUCCAAUGAUCUUGCAGCUGUAAGAGCAGCUAUGAUCUCUCAACAUUCAACUCAGCAGCAACAAGCAGUACAAACAAACACACAGAUGAGUUCAACUGCUCCUCCAAGAGUGAGACCUCAUCAAGAAAGCACACGACUGAGUACUAGUGCUCCUCCUCGACCCUCAGUCAUAGCCGUGGAUGAUGACCCAGUCCCAAACUCCUCAGCUCCUCUUCCUCAUCUCCCGCGCCGUCCCAUGACUCAACCAAGUCCUAUGUCUCAGCAAACAGCACAAGCAGCACACACGCAUGUGAACUCAACAGCGCCUCUUCCACCUCCAGUCACAGCAGUGGGACCUCAAGCACCAAAUCAUUUACGCCCUCUUGCGCGCUUCCCUCAAGCUGUAGCGCAAUCAAACACCAACGUGAAUUCAUCAACACCUCUUCCAAGACCCUCAGCGAUAACAGAAGGUCUUCCUUUGCAUUCGCCGCUCUCAAACACGCCUAGGCCAAGACCGCGUCCUGUAAUCUCCAACAUGACUCCUCCAUCUUCUUCUUCUCCACCAGUGCGUGGCCCGGCGCCUCAUAUAGUGCGUGCCUCGGCUCCUCACUUGGCUCGGAGACGGGCGCCUCAUCUAAGACAAUAUGGAUCAUUUCCAGCUCCCACGUUUGCUGCUGCUGCUGCAACAACACAGCCAAGAAGGUCGGUUCAAGAACAAGAGCAGCAGCAGCAACAAGAGAAGUCACAUGGUGGUUUGGUUAAUCUUUCAGAUGAGGACUAGUGAUAUAAUUCUUUUUGUAGAACCUUUUUUCGAGUUUCAUAACCGAAAACAAAACCAAAUCACAAAGUAAAAA